AGUCAGAGCUGCAGUGGCUUGCUCUCUGCCCUUCCCAGCAGACGGGAAGCUGGGCUUAUAUGCACCGAGGGCAGCCAUAGCCUCUCCCACCUGGCACUCACUGGCCACAGUCCCUAGGCACCUGCUUCAGAGCCCAGAGCAAGCCUUAAGGCCACCAGCAAGUCUUGGAAGACCAGGGCCAGACUUCACACUGAGCAGCUGCAGUCAGAGAAAUCAGAGAAAGCGCCACCCAGCCCUAGAUUCCGAGGGGCCUGCUGGGGACUCUCCUCCUCCUCCUCCUCCUCUUCCUCCUCCUCCUCCUCAGAAGGAAAGAAGGAAGGAGAAGAACGGGAGGCUGCUGGCUCCCAUCAGCACCUUGGUGGCCAUGGGGCUGGCGGCCACUGCCCCCUGGCUGUCCUCUGCUCUGCCAGGCAGAUAGGGCGCUCUGUCCCUCCCUGCUGCCCGCUGCUCCUCUGGAGGGGGGCAGCCCUUCCUGGACGUGGUGGCCCCCUUGGCUGACCCAAGGCCAUGUAGCCUCUGCUUGCAUCUCUGGGGAACACAGCACAGGGGGACCAGCACCUCUGCUCUCAGAGGUGGCGGGGAACCCUGAGCAUCCACCAUGCCACGGGGACUCGCCUGGCUGCACUAUCUUGGGAUCCUCUUUGGCAUGGCCUUGGGGAACGAGAGUUUGGAGGUGUGGCCCUUGGCUCAGAACAAGGAGUGUGAUAUUACCGGCUACCUGCGGGUCAAGCUUCAGUACAAGAACCGACUUCAGUACAUGAAACACUACUUCCCCAUCAACUACAGGAUCAGUGUGCCUUAUGAGGGGGUGCUCAGAGUUGCCAACAUCACCAGGCUGAGGGCCCGGGUGAGUGCGCGUGAGCUGCGCUAUCUGUGGGUCUUGGUGAGUCUCAACGCCACGGAGUCAGUGCAGAGCGUGCUGCUGGAGGGCCACCCAUCCUGGAAGUACCUGCAGGAGGUGCAGACGCUGCUGGUGAACGUCCAGGAGGGCCUCACGGAUGUGGAGAUCAGUCCGCAGGUGGAAGCAGUGUUAUCCCUUUUGAGUACCCCAGGUCUGAGUCUGAAACUGGUGCGGCCCAAAGCCUUGCUGGACAACUGCUUCCGGGUCAUGGAGCUUCUGUACUGCUCUUGCUGCAAACAAAGCUCCAUCCUAAGAUGGCAGGACUGUGAGGUGCAGAGUCCUCAGCGCCAUGGGCCAGAGCCCUCCCCGCAGUGUGCAGCCACCCAGGUGUACCCUCCGCCCCGGCCACCCCUCACCUCCCUGCCCCUGUCCCCAGGCUUGAGUGCUAGGCCCUAGAUUCAGGGCACAGGGCUGAGCUUCUUGCCCUGAGCAGUCUGGAGGUUGGCUCUGGAAGGGCCAAUGGAUGAGUCCCAGGAGCUGGGCUGCCUGAGCCGUCGUGAGGCGGCGGUGGGGAGACCCCCUAGGAAAGGGGGUGCCUCUGAGCCCAGCUCCCCACCUCCCUUGAGGCUGUUUCAUUCCUCAGGUGGGCGGACAGGGAUGGGGACCACUGAGGCGUUCCAGCUGGGCUGAGUAUGGGGUGCUGGGCUGCGGGCAGAGCCAAAUGCCACAUCUUGCCACACUAAUGCGUUUCCACUUCUUUUUAUUUUUCUAUUAAAUGCCCACUUGUUUGGUUUGG